CCCCAGUGGUCAUUCUUCUCUGGACUCUAUAUUUAUGCUGAUUGAGGAGAACAUUUUCAGUGUUGUGAAGACUGAGCUGAAGAAGUUCCAGCAUCUUCUGAGUUUAGAUCAGGAGUCCUUCAAGAACCAAAGACGGGAUGAGGAGGUGGACAGUGAGGAGAACGAGCAGAAGAGGAGCAUCAGAGAGGCACUCCUGAAGUUCACCCUGCACUGCAUGAGGACAAUAAAACAGGAAGAUCUGGCUGACCUUCUGCAGAGCAGAUCUUUUUCUGGAAUCUGCCAACAAAAAGUCAAAUCAAACCUAAAGAAAAGGUUCCAGUGUGUGUUUGAGGGCAUCGCUAAAGCAGGAAACCCCACCCUUCUGGAUCAGAUCUACACAGAGCUCUACAUCACAGAGGGAGGGGCCGGAGGGGUCAAUGAUGAACAUGAGGUCAUACAGAUUGAAUCAACAUCCAGGAAACCAGCAGAUCUCAACAAACCUAUCAAGUGUGAAAACAUCUUCAAAUCCUCAUCCAGCAGUGAUCAACCAAUCAGAACAGUGCUGACAAAGGGAGUUGCUGGCAUUGGGAAAACAGUCUUAACUCAGAAGUUCAGUCUGGACUGGGCUGAAGACAAAGCCAACCAGGACAUCCAGUUCAUAUUUCCAUUCACUUUCAGAGAGCUGAAUGUGCUGAAAGAGGAAAAGUUCAGCUUGGUGGAACUUGUUCAUCACUUCUUCACGGAAACCAAAGAAGCAGGAAUCUGCAGCUUUGAAGACUUCCAGGUUGUGUUGAUCUUUGAUGGUCUGGACGAGUGUCGACUUCCUCUGGACUUCCACAACACCGAGAUCCUGACUGAUGUUACAGAGUCCACCUCAGUGGAUGUGCUGCUGAUAAACCUCAUCAGGGGGAACCUGCUUCCCUCUGCUCACAUCUGGAUAACCACACGGCCUGCAGCAGCCAAUCAGAUCCCUGCUCGGUGUGUUGACAUGGUGACAGAGGUCAGAGGGUUCACUGACCCACAGAAGGAGGAGUACUUCAGGAAGAGAUUCAGAGAUGAGGAGCAGGUCAGCAGGAUCAUCCGUGACGUAACAAAAUCUCGAAGCAUCCACAUCAUGUGUCACAUCCCAGUCUUCUGCUGGAUCACUGCUACAGUUCUGGAGGAUGUGCUGAAGACCAGAGAGGGAGGAGAGCUUCCCAAGACCCUGACUGAGAUGUACAUCCAAUUCCUGGUGGUGCAGACCAAAGUCAAGAACAUCAAAUAUGAUGGAGGAUCUGAGACAGAUCCACACUGGAGUCCAGAGAGCAGGAAGAUGAUUGAGUCUCUGGGAAAACUGGCUUUUUAUCAGCUGCAGAAAGGAAACCUGAUCUUCUAUGAAUCAGACCUGACAGAGAGCGGCAUCGAUGUCAAAACAGCCUCAGUGUACUCAGGAGUAGUUACACAGAUCUUUAAAGAGGAGAGAGGGCUGUACCAGGACAAGGUGUUCUGCUUCAUCCAUCUGAGUGUUCAGGAGUUUCUGGCUGCUCUUUAUGUUCAUCUGACCUUCAUAAAUUCUGGUGUUAAUCUGCUGGAAGAACAACAAACAUCCUCACUUAAAAACAAACAUCUGGAACAUCUUCACCAGUGUGCUGUGGACAAAUCCUUAAGAAGUCCAAAUGGACACCUGGAUUUGUUUCUACGCUUUCUCCUGGGACUUUCAGCUCACACCAGUCCUUUAUUUUACCAAGUUAAAGAGAAGAAAAUCAGAUCAGAGACCAAUAAAAAAACAGUAAAGUACAUCAAGAAAAAGGUCAAUGAGGAUUUUCACAAAGAGAGAAACACAAAUUUGUUCUACUGUCUAAAUGAGCUGAAGGAUUAUUCUCUAAUAGAGGAGAUCCAACAGUACCAGACUUCAGAAGGACUCAUGAGAAAGAAUCUCUCCCCUGCUCAGUGGUCGGCUCUGGCCUUUAUAAUGUUAUCAUCAGAAGAAAAUCUGGAUGUGUUUGACCUGAAGAUGUUUUCUGAUUCUGAAGACGUGUUUCUCAGGAUGCUGCCAGCUGUCAAAGUCUCCAAAAGAGCUCUGCUGAAUAACUGUAACCUGUCAGAGCAAAGCUGUGAAGCUCUGGCCUCAGUUCUCAGCACCCCGUCUUCUUGUCUGAGAGAGCUGGACCUCAGUAAUAAUGACCUACUGGAUGCAGGAGUGGAGCUGCUUUCUCGUGGACUGGGGAGCCCCAACUGUACACUGGAAACUCUCAGUCUGGCAGGCUGUCAGGUCACAGAGAUGGGCUGUGGGUUUCUCACCUCUGCUCUGACCUCUAACCCCUCCCAUUUGAAAGAACUGGACCUAAACUACAAUCACCUGGGAGACUCAGGUGUCCAGAUCCUGUCUGCUAGAAAAGAAGAUCCACUCUGCAAACUGGACACACUCAGGACGGAUCAUGGUGGGGAGCACAGACUGAGACCCGGCCUGAGAAAAUAUGCUUGUGAACUCACUCUGGACCAACACACAGUACACAGAAAGAUUGUACUAUCUGACAACAACAAAAGGGCCACAGUAGUCGAAACGAGGCAGUACUAUCCCUCUACUCCAGAGAGAUUUGAUCACUGUCAGGUUCUGUGCACAGAGGCUCUGACUGAUCGCUGUUACUGGGAGGUUGAGUGCACAGGAGGGAUGCUCAUUGGAGUGGCUUAUAAAACAAUCCAAAGAAAAGGAAAAACUGAUGACCGCUGGUUUGGCUUGAACCCUCAGUCCUGGAGUCUUCAUUACAGUAAAAACACUUACUCUGUCUGGCACAAUAAGACAAAAAUGAAACUUCCCUUCUCUGGCUCUGUUUCUGACAGAGUAGCAGUGUUUGUGGACGUACCUGCUGGGACAAUCUCCUUCUACAAAAUCUCCAAUGACAAACACGUCUUACUCCAUACCUUCCAUGCAACUUUCACUGAAUCGCUCCACCCUGGCUUUGGAUUUGCACGCAACUCUUCUGUAACUCUGUGCAAUCUGAAUGAAAGAAAACCCAGUGGAGAAAAACCCAAGUUUGAGGAAGCUCUCUCAUUUCCACUCGGAUAAAAUCAUGAUGAUAUUAUUGUGUCACACUUUUACUGAGUGUGUUUUCCCUGGUCUCAUAGUUUGGAUAUUUUCUUUAAAAAAUCAAAUUGUUAAAUGAUCUAACAGACUGAUUUGUGAGCCACAGCUGUAACCAGCAUCCCUGCAUACCGGACACAGCGGUUGGCUGGUUUGAUUUUACUUGAUGACUCACAACUUUGCAUGGUGUAUGUGCUGACAAAUGUGUGUUUUUGUUGUAACAUUGAAAAGGGCUCUUUCCCCCAUUAACCUAGGCCUAUUCAAGUUUACACAAGCUAAUAUUUUUUUUUCUUUCUAAAAGUAUCUCUAUGCUCACCAGAAGCCCCCUUGUAAAUGUAUAUGCACGCACAGAGAUUGUAAAAGUACAUAGAGUGUCCAUGUGUGGACACCAACUUUGCUGUUACAAACACAGACUGGGUACUUCACUAAUAUUUUAUAACAACCACAGGAGCCGCAACAACAGGCUGCUGCUUAGCAGGGCACCAGGAAAAAAAACAAUGAUAUAAUGAACUGUGUGAUCAAACCUCCUGCCCAUCAUAGCUUCAUCUAUACAAAUAUAGAAUAAAAUAAAAUGUUAUAUAGAAAACAUUCUCCAUACCAAGCAAGCAUUCACACCUGUGGGCAAUUUAGAAUCACCAACUAACCUAACCCCACUGACCGCAUGUCUUUGGACUAUGGGAAGAAGCCAGAGUACUCGGAGAAAACCAGAAUUCAGAACCAGACCUCUGGGACACCCUUCAAGCUCCAGAUGGUGGAUUUGAACUCAGGGCCUUCUAGCUGUGAGGUGACAGUGCUAACCACUGCCUAUCCCAACUUGCUCUGUGGCAUCGAGCUGGAUUUGGCUCCCCCAAGACCCUGAACUGGAUAAGCAGAAGAAGAUGGAUGGACUUUAAAACUGUAACUCCGACUGCUUUCUCUUGAUCCAGAUCCUGGAUGGACUGCAGUGGAUAAUGGCAUGAAUGACAGUGAAGCACGAACAGAAGCAAAGAAACCAGAACAAAGAAACCCCAGCAGCCCCAAUGACUUAUUUAUAGCACUCACCUCUGUACUGAUGAAAUGUUUUGAGGGACUCAUCAAGACGUUCAUCACCUCCUCACUGCCCACCACCCUCAACCCACUACAGUUUACAUACCGUCCGGACAGAACCACAGAUGAUGCCAUAACCUUCGUACUUCCUCCUCCUUCCUUUCCCAUGUGGACACUGGCACAGGGAACUGUGUGAGAGUGCUGUUUGUAGAUUACAGCACAGCAUUCAACACCAUAGUCCCUUCAGUCCCCUCCAGGCUGCUGAGCCUCUGUCAUGCAGAUGGGUGCAGAGUUUCUGGAGGCCUCAUAAUCUGGUCUGAUGUCAUUUCC